CUUGUGGGCGCGUCGCGAGGGGUGACCCGUGGAGCCUCCGAGAAACGUGCGCGGAGGCCGAGGUUCUGCGAGGAGAGGCUCUGGCUCAGGGCGGGCUGGGGCGUGGAGCGCAGUCGGCUGAGCGGAAGCCGUGGUGGGCGCCGAGGCUCCGGGAAGGGGCAGAGCAGGCUUGAGAGGCGGUAGGUGCGGCGAGUCGCACGGCUUCGGGCUGGACUCCGGAGCGGAUCGAGGGCUUCCGGGGGCCGUUCCUCUCGGCUCUGCCAGCGGCUUUCCGUUGUCCUGGAUCCGGGGACCAGGUUGCCAUGGAAACCCUUGCGCCGGACCGACUGUGACUGUGCCUUUUACCUGCAGCUGGAAGUGUUUGUUUAAUGAAUGACCUAUCUAUUUAGGAUCUAUUUAGACCCUGAGGAUAACCCUGUGAAUUGCUAAUAGUUAAGUGGGUCUGGCCCUUGGUGUUGACUUCAGUAUGUUGCGACGAAAACCAACCCGCCUAGAGCUGAAGCUUGAUGACAUUGAAGAGUUUGAAAGCAUUCGGAAGGACUUGGAGACCCGUAAGAAACAAAAGGAAGAUGUGGAUGUUGUAGGAGGCAGUGAUGGAGAAGGUGCCAUAGGGCUCAGCAGUGACCCCAAGAACCGGGAACAGAUGAUUAAUGAUCGAAUUGGUUAUAAACCCCAAGCCAAGCCCAACAAUCGCUCAUCUCAAUUUGGAAGUUUUGAAUUUUAGAGGUGGAUUUUCUUGCUUGCCAGAGCCCUGGAAUGGUGUAAAAUGAUGGCAGAAGUACAAACGCAGUUCAGGGAAUCGAGUGCUUGUAGUCAAGCAGAAUAUUUUACCUCCUGCAGAGGGAAAUACUUCUGCAUGAGAUUACUGAAAUCCAAACUCUGGUUUGUCUCUGGAGAAUUUGACUCUAUAAAACUUGUCUGAUUUUCAAUUUUAAAAAUAAAUAUAUUUUUGGAAAAGUA